ACAUCGUCUGUUCAGAGCGAAGAUGGUUGGUGUUCCGUGCGCUCGUAGACUGGCUCGCCGCUCACGGUCCGCCUUGAUAGCGGCGCUCACCGUAUUGCUUGUGCAAACGCUGAUCGUUUGGAACUUCAGCAGCUUAGACUCGGGCGAAGACCGAGAGAACGGUGGCUCCAACAGCCGGGAAAAGCGGGACGGAGUUGGGGUCGGGAGCACCAGAAACAAUAACCGAGCCGGCAGCGAGUUCCUUAACCGCGGGGAUAAGCAACAUCAUCAUCAGGCUCCGCUGAGAAAGGGACACGCUGUGCACAAGCAGCAGCCGGACGGCUAUUACUCUCACCGGCCCAAGGAGAAAGUGCGAGUGGACAGCAACAACGAGAACUCGGUGCCCAAGGACUUUGAGAACACUGAUAACAGCAACUUUGUGGCACGCUCCCAGCCACAGAAGCAGGCACUGACCAAGCACAAGGAGCGGCUGCAAGAGAAAUCACAGACAGAGGAGCGCUGGAAAGAGAAUGCCCUGAUCCUGGGUAAGAACUCCAACGAGGUGAUGCAAUACAGGGAGGCCAAAGUGGCAGUGACCCCACCGGGGCGGAACCAUAGCAAGACUAACCCCGGGGUCCAGACGGGUCCCAGGACAGCCAAGCUGCAGCCGAGCCCCAGUCACAUCCCUCACCCGCAUCACCAGCAGCUGCAGCAUCAUCAUGGCAAGAAGGCAACGACAAGAGCCAUCUCCUCGCCCCAAAUUAAAUACGACCAGCCGCCCAAGUGCGAGAUCAGCGGCAAGGAAGCCAUCUCCGCCCUGUCCAGAGCCAAGACAAAGGAGUGCCGCCAGCGUAUCGCAGAGAUUUACUGCCAGCACAAAGAGAGGCUCCUCAUGCCCGAGAAAGUCACCCGCUUCUGUCCUUUAGAAGGUAAGGCGAAUGUGAACCUGCAGUGGGACGAGGACUCAGUGGAGGCCGUGCCCACAAACCCAGUGCGGGUUGCCUUUGUCCUGGUGGUGCACGGCCGGGCCUCCCGCCAGCUGCAAAGGUUGUUCAAGGCCAUCUACCACGCUGACCACUACUAUUACAUCCACGUGGACCAGCGCUCAAACUAUCUCCACAGACAGGUAGUGGUGAUGGCCAGUCAAUACCCCAACGUGCGGGUGACUCCCUGGCGCAUGUCCACCAUCUGGGGAGGAGCCAGCCUGCUGACCAUGUACCUGCAGAGCAUGAAGGACCUGCUGGACAUGGGCGACUGGAGCUGGGACUUCUUCAUCAACCUGAGUGCGGCCGACUAUCCCAUCAGGACAAAUGAUCAGCUGGUGGCCUUCCUUUCCAAGUACAGGGACAUGAACUUCCUCAAGUCACAUGGCAGAGACAACGCUAGGUUUAUCCGAAAGCAGGGGCUGGACAGGCUGUUCUUCGAGUGUGACACCCACAUGUGGCGACUCGGGGACCGCAAGAUUCCGGAGGGCAUCACUGUGGACGGAGGCUCGGACUGGUUCCUACUAAACAGGAAGUUUGUGAACUACGUCAUCAACUCCCAGGAUGACCUGGUGACCAACAUGAAGCGCUUCUACUCCUACACGCUGCUCCCCGCCGAGUCCUUCUUCCACACGGUGCUGGAGAACAGUCCCCACUGCGAGAGCAUGGUGGACAAUAACCUGCGCAUCACAAACUGGAACCGCAAGCUGGGUUGCAAGUGUCAGUACAAGCACAUUGUGGACUGGUGCGGCUGCUCUCCCAACGACUUCAAACCUGCAGACUUCCACCGCUUCCAGCAGACUGCUCGGCCCACAUUCUUCGCCAGGAAGUUCGAGGCGAGUGUGAACCAGGAGAUCGUGACUCAGCUGGAUGGGUUCCUGUUCGGCAGCCUGCCCUCAGGCACCCCCGGCCUCAAGGCAUACUGGGAGAAUGUCUUUGACGAGCCUGACGGUGUCCACAGCCUCUCCGACUCCCAGCUCACCUACUACCACGCCUUUGCACGUAUGGGGCUGCAGAGAGCCGCCAACUCCUUGCAGGGCGACCCCAAUGACAGCAGCUGCAGGUAUUUCCCAAUGGGACACCCUGUGUCAGUCCACCUGUACUUCCUGUCAGACCGUUUUCAAGGUUAUCUGGUGAGGCACCAUGCCACCAACCUGGCGACCAGCAAACUGGAGACGCUGGAGACCUGGGUGAUGCCCAAGAAGGUGUUCAAGAUUGCCAACCCACCCAGAAACUUUGAGAGACUCCAGUUUGCAGAGAUUGGCACGGACUGGGAUGCCAAGGAGCGCAUUUACCGGAAUUUCGGAGGGCUGAUGGGCCCGACAGACGAGCCGGUGGGGAUGCAGAAGUGGGGGAAGGGGGCCAACGUGACUGUGACGGUGGUCUGGGUGGAUCCCACCAAUGUGAUCGCAGCCACCUACGACAUCCUGAUCGAGGCGAGCGCCGAGUUCACACACUACCGGCCACCGCUCAACCUGCCGUUGCGGCCUGGCAUCUGGACUGUCAAGGUGCUGCACCACUGGAGCCCGGUCGCAGAGACUCGCUUCCUCAUCGCCCCGCUCGCCUUCUACAACCACCAGCCCAUCAGACAAGAUGAUGCUUUGAGGCUGCACAACGGACCAGCCAAGAACAGCUACAUGGAGCAGAGCUUCCAUGGGCUCAAUCCGGUGCUGAACAUCCCGGUCCACCUGGGGCAGGUGGAGGCAGCCAAGCGCAAUGCAGGGUUGACUGGUAGAGAGCUGGAGCGCUGGGUGGACGAGCUGGUGGGGGCACACUGGUCUGCGCUAGACGUGUGUUCCGUGGGGCCCAGCAACUGUCCGGUCAUGCAGGCCUGCAGCCAGACCACAUGGAGUGCGCUCAGCCCCGACCCCAAAGCCGAGCUUGGGCCAGUCAGAGCAGACGGUCACCUCAGGUAGCGCCCACUGCUGGACGGGAGGCUCAGUUGCUAUUUAUUUUUUAUUGCAACCGUUUUUAUUCAAGCGUUACUGCUUCUUAAACAACAAGGGAAGGCUGCUAAUAUUAUAUAUUAGUAACGGUAUUGCCUUCGGUCAGGCAGCUUUUGAUUUUUAUUAUGGAAGGGAAGUCUAGACUGUGAUUUAAGAAGAAAACUAUUUUGAGCCAUUUAUGUCAAAUACAGUACCUACUUUGUGUUAUUUUAAACUUUGUUUCUCAAUCCUAAAUUCGAAGCCCUCCCAAUUGCGCGACGGUGACUCUGACAAAGACUUCCUUUCGAAACUUUUCUAAGUUUCUAUUUUAUGUUACUGGACAUACACACUGAUAGCUAUAUUGUAGUCAUCCUGACCCAAGGCGAUACCGAUACACACUGUCUUACUGUGGAGUGCUGCUGCCAGUCACUGUAUUCACACAAUGACCUCACAAUGGGGGCACAAAGAUGUUUUAGGGUGCCACUUUGUUUGUGCAGACUUGCCUUUCUGUUAGUUUUGAUGUAACUUUGCUUUGCAACAAUACAUCUUGGGGAAGCAUGUUACCAUUCACACUUUAUUUCUCAGACUGCUUUUUCUUUAUUUGGAAAACGGCACAGUUGAGAUAAAAACAACACGGUAGCCAUAUUGACGUGUACUCUGCAUUACCUUAUUUAAAGUCAAGCCAUUGAUCUUGAAUCCCAAUGUGGUUUUGUAUUUAAAACUUGGAAGCACACAGAAAGGGACAACUUAUUUUAAGCUCAUGGCUGGCAACCAGGCAACUGAUAACUGUACCAUUAGUCAUGUGAGCUCAACAUGUUGACGUCAUUGUGGUUGGGCAUGUGACAUCGGCUGUUAAAGUAUAUAGGGCUUCCCAAAAUGUAAUUUAAAAAAAAAAUGAUAAUAGUAAACAAAAAAAUAUAUAAAGGCAGCACAUCAGGAAGCCGAACAGUGCAGCUGUAGAUGGUACAGCUGGUGUUGUUUUUUUAAUGUUCAGGCUUUUGUUGUUUUGUUUUGUUUGUUUGUUUGUUUGUUUUAUUUUUUAUUUGGCUACAGCAGGCUGCCUAAAACUUGAAAUAUGGGAUGUCGGCUGCGCUGGCAUUCCAGGAGAAAAUAUCCUAAGGCUUUUUUUUUUUUUUUUAGGGGGAAACAAAUGGAAGCACAGAGAGAGAGUAACGUUUUAGCUAUUUAUUUAUAAAUAUAUAUAUUUUUAGUCAAUGACUAAUGACUACAUGCUGCAUUUGCAGCUUGGUGAAUAUUUCUAUCUUUACUAACAAGCUGCCUUUAUUUACAAAGGCCUUCACCCUGACUUACCGCAUUCCACCCCCUCCCAGCCUUUGUCUAGACUGGCCAUGGUUUUGGUGUGCCGUGUCACAGGAGUGUGCUGAUGCAUGCAGUACUGGAGGGAUACCGGAGAAAUGAAAGUACAUUCUAGUAUUGAAAUCUUCUAUUGGCCCAUACAUGUAAAAUAAUCUAUAUUUCAUGCAUUUUCCAGCGUGUAAUACACAAUAAUUAUUGGGGUUUUUUUUACAAGCUAUGGAAUCUGGGCCGUAGUUGCCAUUUUAUGUAUGUUGCUGCUUUGCCUUCUGUGGCUGGCAGGCAUUACUUCUGAGUGAAGAAACUGGUAACUGUGCCUCAGCGGAUACUGUCUGAACAGGUAAUCCUUAAAUAAUGGAACUCUAAUUGAAAUACCAAACAGUAUUCAGAUCCACAUGUGUGUGUGUUGUAGUUCUAAAGUGGAAAUGGUGUUGCAGUGAGAUCGUAUUCGUUCGUUCUGAGUGCUGUACAGUCUAGGAGCUGUUUUAACAGUAACGAGAGAUUCUGUUCUUUUUAUAGGAAAAUUUUGGUGUUUUAUUUUUUUUAAUGUAUGAUACUGUAUAAACAAACAUGUUCGAACAGUAAGGCAGACUAUUGGAUCCCCUAAUUCCUACAUUGCAGCCCAGUACCACUGAGCUACUCAAACCCACUACCUUCCAGGUGUGUGCUUGGAGAAAAUGCUGUACCUGCUAUCAAUAACAGCUGCCAUUAAAAAGGGAAUGAUUGAUAGAGGUGAUUAGCUGCUCCGCGCAUGGCAAUCGCCUCCAGAUUUCACAGACAGUGCACACAAGGUCCGAGGAUCUGGGAGCCACAGGACUUGAAGGGAAGGAGGCAGUGUGGUCCAGUUAAAGCUGAAGGACUGAGAGGAAAGCAAUCUGCGUGAUCUAGUGGGUUGAGUUGAGGGGCCGGGGGGGGGCGCAGCGUGGCUCCGUAGAUAGUGAUUGAAGGAUAACGGAUAUAUGAAGGAUGAGCUAAACAGGGCGAUCUGAAUAUGGAUUUUGUCAAAGCUAAGCUAUGGUUAAACUUAAUGGCAGGUGUCGGCAAUUCCAGUCCAGUUUUUGUUCUGGCCAUGUCUUAAAAAAUGUUUACUUUAUAAUAAAAAUAAAUAAAAUCAAUGAACUGUAGCCAGACAGAGCUCGGCACAUAGCAUACUAACUCCAGAUUACCGGACUGCUACCAGCUGUGAAUAUUUGUUGUUUAAUGUCUGAUAUUAAACCAGCAGUACUAGUACACAUAUAGAAUCGACAGUGUCAGAGCAAGGGUCUGGUAUUUCUUUUUUACAAUCCCAUUCUGUUUGUUCAUGAAAAUAAUAAGAAAGUGGGGCUUCAUUUAGGACUUCCUUAAAAAGAAAAACGUAAACUGUGAGCAGUACUCAAAACCAGUUCUGACCUCACCUAAUCAAACAAAUACUCUUUCAACUACAGCCCUGACAACUGUGGGGCAGUAUUGGGGCAAAGUGAACAGGUACAGGCAGCUACUCCAGAAAUGCCUUUCCCAGCAACACCUUCGCUGUGGAGUCAUUCAGGUUCACAGGUUCUAUUCUGUUGAAAUGCAGUUCACCACCUUUUAGUUUUAAUUUCUGCUGUUAGAACAAGAAAACAAGUACAAAAAGAGCCAGUACUAACCAUCCUUUCAUUGUAAAAAUGAAGAAAUAAUAAAGAUAAUCUAAUGUUACUGUAUGUUAUGAUGAAUGAAAGAACAACAACUAUUUUGUUAUAAAUAUUAUACAUAAGAAAUGUACAGAAGUAUUUUGUAAACUGAAGUCUUUAAAAAAAAAAAAAAAAAAGAAUAUUGUAAAUACAGUACAAGGCAAAAUAAAAUAAAUUCCCAGCACAGAACUUUGGCACAUUAAAUGAUGUAGAUAUUUUGUAAUUUAUUUAAAAGUAAAAAGUAAAGAAAUAUUUUAUGAUUCAUUUUACGAGGUAGUAAUUGUUAUAGUGAUGAUUAUCUGCCAUUCUGAGAAUCUAAACAUCAAACUGCUGUUCCUGUCACUUGAAUGUUUUUUUUUUGUUGUUGUUGUUGUUUUUUUGCACUAACUUCUCUGAACUCAUCUGCCCCCCUCCCCCCCUUCUGUUAGCAGAGGUGAGAAGAGAUUUGUGCCUUAGCUGUUCUUUCAUCUUGGGAACUCUUGCUUUUAAUGUAUGCAAAUAAAAAUUGGCUUUUAUUAUUUUAUUUUUCCAAGAAAAUAAAACAUGUACCAGAAAUUUGUUUCAUACCAAAAAAACUGCUGUUGUAUAUACAAUGCCUUCUGUCUUACUGUUUUAAAAUAAAGUGAGAAAAUACUC